AUGUCAGAGAUCAUGUCUAAGAUCAUGUCUGAGAUCAUGUCUAAGAUCAUGUCUAAGAUCAUGUCUAAGAUCAUGUCUGAGAUCAUGUCUGAGAUCAUGUCUAAGAUCAUGUCUGAGAUCAUGUCUAAGAUUUCCUUCCCUCUUCACUCUGCUCUGGCCCAGGCCCAGUUCCUGCCUCUGUGUAACCAACAAUACACUGUGCCUGACGGCCUUCACCCUCAGUUCAGUCGGAUGAGUCUGACUCAGUCGGCUCAGACUGAAGCCACGCCUCCAGCUCAGGACUCACGCUACUACUCCUCCCUGUACCACCACCAUGCACCUCCUCACCUGCUCCUCCAGGGGGCGCCGCAGCAGCAGAUGAACAGCUAUGUGGUGACGGGGCCCUCAGCGGGACAUGGGGGCCUGAUGGGGGCUCAGCCGGUGACCCUCCACACCACAGGACAGGGGUACUCUACCUCCAGUACCCCAGCUCCAGGGGCCUUCUCUGGGGGCCUCCUGAACCAGCCGCUGCUGCAACAACACACGUUCAUCCAGCAGCCGAUGCAGCAGGUGUCGGCGUGUUACUGCUCCUCGGUGCAUCACCCUCACUGUGCGUCUCAGCAGCAGCUGCCUCCCCCCCCUCUGCAGCACUACCGCCCCCCUGUGGCCCCCUACAGCUGCCCCCAGAGCCUUCCCCAGCAACAAGGUACCACCGCCGACCUGGUACCACCAGACCCAGUAGCACCCCGACCCGGUACCACCAGACCCAGUACCACCAGACCCAGUACCACCCCCGACCCGGUACCACCAGACCCGGUACCACCAGACCCGGUACCACCAGACCCGGAGCAGCUCUGUGGGGUCAGGAGCAGCUCUGUGGGGUCAGGAGCAGCUCUGUGGGGUCAGGAGCAGCUCUUUGAGGAGCAGCUCUUUGAGGUCAGGAGCAGCUCUGUGAGGUCAGGAGCAGCUCUGUGGGGUCAGGAGCAGCUCUGUGGGGUCAGGAGCAGCUCUGUGGGGUCAGGAGCAGCUCUGUGGGGUCAGGAGCAGCUCUUUGAGGUCAGGAGCAGCUCUGUGAGGUCAGGAGCAGCUCUGUGGGGUCAGGAGCAGCUCUGUGGGGUCAGGAGCAGCUCUGUGGGGUCAGGAGCAGCUCUGUGGGGUCAGGAGCAGCUCUGUGGGGUCAGGAGCAGCUCUGUGGGGAGCAGCUCUGUGGGGUCAGGAGCAGCUCUGUGGGGUCAGGAGCAGCUCUGUGGGGUCAGGAGCAGCUCUGUGGGGUCAGGAGCAGCUCUGUGGGGUCAGGAGCAGCUCUGUGGGGUCAGGAGCAGCUCUGUGGGCGCCUCACUCUCUCCAGAGAAAUAUCAUCACCACAGACACGGUGCAAUCACCACAGACACGGUGCAAUCACCACAGACACGGUGCAAUCACCACAGACACGGUGCAAUCACAGACACCACAGACACUGUGCAAUCACAGACACGGUGCAAUCACAGACACCACAGACACGGUGCAAUCACAGACACCACAGACACGGUGCAAUCACAGACACGGUGCAAUCACAGACACCACAGACACGGUGCAAUCACAGACACGGUGCAAUCACAGACACGGUGCAAUCACCACAGACACGGUGCAAUCACCACAGACACGGUGCAAUCACCACAGACACGGUGCAAUCACCACAGACACGGUGCAAUCACCACAGACACGGUGCAAUCACAGACACCACAGACACGGUGCAAUCACAGACACGGUGCAAUCACCACAGACACGGUGCAAUCACCACAGACACGGUGCAAUCACCACAGACACAGUGCAAUCACCACAGACACGGUGCAAUCACAGACACCACAGACACGGUGCAAUCACCACAGACACGGUGCAAUCACAGACACCACAGACACGGUGCAAUCAAUCACAGACACCACAGACACGGUGCAAUCACAGACACGGUGCAAUCACAGACACCACAGACACGGUGCAAUCACAGACACGGUGCAAUCACAGACACGGUGCAAUCACCACAGACACGGUGCAAUCACCACAGACACGGUGCAAUCACCACAGACAAGGUUAUAA